CGGAAGCGGCGGGACCGGCAUGGCGGAGUUCCGAGCGCUGGGCCUGGCGCCCUGGCUGGCAGAGCAGGCGCGGCAGAUGGGGCUGAGCCGGCCCACGCCCGUGCAGGCCGCCUGCAUCCCCCCUGUGCUGCAGGGCCGGGACUGUUUGGGCUGCGCCAAGACGGGCAGCGGGAAGACGGCGGCGUUCGUGCUGCCGGUGCUGCAGGUGCUCUCGGAGGACCCGUACGGGAUCUUCUGCUUGGUGCUGACUCCCACCAGGGAGUUGGCGGCCCAAAUCGCCGAACAGUUCCGUGUCCUGGGGAAACCCCUGGGGCUGAAGGAGUGCCUGGUGGUGGGCGGGCUCGACAUGGUGGCUCAGGCUCUGGAGCUCUCCAGGAAGCCCCACGUGGUCAUCGCGACGCCCGGCCGGCUGGCAGAUCACCUGAGGAGCUCCAACACCUUCAGCCUCAAAAAGAUCAAGUUUUUGGUUCUGGAUGAAGCUGACCGGUUGCUGGAGCAGGGCUGUGCUGACUUCACUGCUGAUCUGGAGGUGAUCCUGGAGGCUCUGCCAGCUCACAGGCAGACACUGCUCUUCAGUGCCACCCUGACUGACACCCUCAGCCAGCUCAAGGGCCUGGCUGCCAACAAACCCUUCUUCUGGGAGGCUGAGGCUGAGGUACGGACAGUGGAGGAGCUGGAUCAACGUUACCUCCUGGUCCCUGAGGCCCUUAAGGAUUCCUACCUUGUCCACCUGAUCCAGACCUUCCAGGACCAGCACCAGGACUGGUCCAUCAUCAUCUUCACUAAAACCUGCAAGGACUGCCAGGUCUUGAACAUGAUGCUUAGGAAAUACAGAUUCCCUUCAGUAGCUCUGCAUUCCAUGAUGAAACAGAAACAACGUUUUGCAGCUUUGGCAAAAUUCAAGUCCAGCAUCUUUAAGAUUCUCAUUGCCACUGAUGUUGCUGCCAGAGGUUUGGACAUUCCCACAGUCCAAGUUGUCAUCAAUCACAACACUCCUGGCCUGCCCAAAAUUUACAUCCACAGGGUUGGCCGCACGGCCCGGGCAGGUCGGAAAGGAAUUGCCAUUACCCUGGUGACACAGUAUGACAUCCACCUGGUCCAUGCCAUAGAGGAGGAGAUCAAACUGAAGCUGCAGGAAUUCUCUGUGGAGGAGCAGCCUGUGCUCAACAUUGUCACCCAAGUGAAUGUCACCAGGAGGGAGUGUGAAAUAGAACUGGAGGGAAUGGAUUUUGAUGAGAAGAAAGAAAUAAAUAAGAGGAAACAGCUGAUCCUUGAAGGGAAGGAUCCAGAGCUGGAGGCAAAAAGGAAAGCAGAGCUGGCCAAGAUCAGGAAGAAAAAAAAGCAGUUCCAUGAGAAGGUCCAACAGACCCUGCAGAGGAAAAAACAACUGCAGCUGAAGAGGAAGCUGCAGAAAAAAAUGGAGAGGAGGAAGAAAGUGGCUGCUAAGGAAGAGAAGUGACAUCCUUUGGGCUUGGCUUGGGCUGUCCCAAGAUUGCUGCUGCUUUGGGAACUCUGGGAUCUCACAGGGACACUUCUGCCCUGAAUGAAGUCAGGGUCGUUGGAGAGGAUGGGGUGAGGGGCCAGGGGACACUUUGCUGAACCAGCCCUGGUGUUUUUCCUUCCUGGUGUGUACUGUUCCCAGCAGGCUGGAGCCUGGAGUCUCCUGGAAGAAUGUCUUUCAAGAGCAUGUUUCCUUCCUGCAGCAGAGCCUGACCUGAAGUCUUGGUGAUGUGAAGGGAAAUAAAGGUCUCCUCUCUUUUCCUCUGUCUUUUCCUCUGUCUUUUCCUCUGUCUU